AUGCUAUGGAACGAGCAUUGGGAGCACUGGUCCCACCUGCCCCCUCUCGAGGAGCGCGUCGAAUACCCCUACCAGAACAUCCGCACCAGGAACUACCAAUGGGGCGAUGGUGACAAGACUGCCUUCUGGAACGACAGUGUCAACUACCACAACAAGGACAAAGUCAAAUAA